AGCUCACACGACUAACUCGACCUCCUUUCCACGCCCUGCGAAAUCACAACAAUCUACUCCUCAGAUUGUACCACUAUGCGCUCGGUAAUUCCAUUACUGUCCCUGAGCGCCUUGCUCGUGCCUGUGCAAUCCUUAUACUUCUACAUCGACGGCACAGCACCCAAAUGCUUCUUCGAGGAACUGCCCAAAGAUACGCUUGUGGUCGGCCAUUACACAGCAGAGGAGUACAAUGAUAACACGAAAAUGUGGUCCAAGCAUGAUGGGUUGAAUAUCUUCAUAUCUGUUGAUGAAGUAUUCGACAACGACCACCGUGUCGUCUCCCAGAAGGGCUCAUCAUCAGGCCGAUUUACGUUCAGUGCUGCCGAAUCAGGGGACCACAAAAUCUGCUUCACGCCCUCGUCGAACUCUGGCGGCUCAAACUGGCUCUCGGCUCUCCAUCCGCAAGGCGGCAUCAAGUUGACGCUCGACUUGGCCAUUGGCGAGACGAGUGCUAUCGAAAGCACGGACAAGGGAAAGAUCCAAGAUAUUGUGAAGAGGGUUAAGGAUUUGAAUGGAAGAUUACAGGAUAUCAGACGAGAGCAGGUUUUCCAGCGUGAACGUGAGGCCGAGUUCAGAGAUCAGUCGGAGUCUACGAAUGCAAGAGUCGUGAGAUGGACGUUGGUUCAACUGGUAGUUUUGGGCAUCACCUGUGCAUGGCAACUUUCACACCUGAGAUCAUUCUUCAUCAAGCAAAAGCUGACAUAGAGGAACCAUUCCUUGGUGGGGUUGUAGAAAAUGGGAAACUUGUAAGACUUAGGGAGGCAGGACUGGGACGGAGUAGAUGAAAUUACUGCAC